CCGGCGUCGGCGUGACGGUUGGACGCGGGUGCGGCACUGCGGGUCCCGAUUGCUGCAGCCGCUUGUCAGUGUGAUGAAGAUUGGCACCCAGGUUUCCUGUGUUUGCAUUUGAAAGAUUCUACUCAGCUUAAGGCUUCUCAUCAGGAGUGCUUCAAAGUCCUCUGUUCUGCUAGAGGUCCAUUUUUUUACUUUGUAUGAUUAGCUAUAUUUUGUAGGAAUACAGUUGCUUUUGAUUUAAGAUGAUUUGAUGCCUUAUAAUAAAAGCAUCAUUAACCAUGAUGGCCACACAGACAUUAAAUAUAGACAGCUAUCAAGAUGGUCAACAAAUGCAAGUAGUAACAGAGUUUAAAACUGAGCAGGAGCCAAACUGUUCUGACCCUGAUGCAGAAGGAGUGAGCCCUGCUCCUGUGGAAUCCCAGACACCAAUGGAUGCAGAUAAGCAGGCCAUUUAUAGACAUCCACUCUUUCCAUUAUUAGCAUUGUUGUUUGAAAAAUGUGAACAAUCUACACAAGGCUCAGAGGGCACAACUUCUGCCAGUUUUGAUGUAGAUAUUGAAAAUUUUGUUAGGAAGCAAGAAAAGGAAGGAAAACCUUUUUUUUGUGAAGAUCCAGAAACUGAUAAUUUGAUGGUAAAAGCAAUUCAGGUUCUACGUAUACAUCUACUUGAGCUUGAAAAGGUUAAUGAACUUUGCAAAGAUUUCUGCAGUCGUUAUAUUGCUUGUCUGAAAACUAAAAUGAACAGUGAAACUCUGUUGAGUGGAGAACCAGGAAGUCCUUAUUCCCCUGUGCAGCCCCAGCAAAUUCAAAGUGCCAUCACAGGCACACUCAGUCCCCAAGGAAUAGUGGUGCCAGCAUCAGCAUUGCAACAAGGAAAUGUAACCAUGGCAACAGUGGCAGGUGGCACAGUAUAUCAGCCUGUUACAGUGGUCACUCCACAAGGUCAAGUUGUGACACAGGCAUUGUCACCUGGAACCAUUCGGAUCCAGAAUUCGCAGCUUCAGUUACAGUUAAACCAAGAUCUCAGCAUCCUGCAUCAAGAGGAUGGCUCAUCUAAGAAUAAAAGGGGAGUUCUGCCAAAACAUGCUACAAAUGUUAUGAGAUCUUGGCUCUUUCAGCAUAUAGGGCAUCCCUAUCCAACUGAAGAUGAGAAAAAGCAGAUUGCAGCUCAGACCAACUUGACACUACUCCAAGUUAACAAUUGGUUUAUCAAUGCAAGAAGACGAAUUCUCCAACCAAUGUUGGAUUCCAGCUGUUCAGAAACUCCAAAAACGAAGAAAAAAACAGCUCAGAAUAGACCAGUUCAGAGAUUCUGGCCUGACUCUAUUGCAUCAGGGGUUACUCAUCAACCACCUAAUGAACUCACUAUGUCAGAAGGAGCUGUUGUGACCAUUACUGCACCAGUUAAUAUGAAUGUGGACAGCCUCCAAUCUCUGUCAUCUGAUGGUGCUACGUUAGCAGUGCAGCAAGUCAUGAUAGGAGGACAGAGUGAGGAUGAAUCCGUGGAUAGCACUGAAGAUGAUGGAGGAGAACUCACAGCAACAAAUAUUAGUGGCCUGGUAUUGGAUAACAGUGAUUCUCUGCAGUAGGAAGCAAGAGAAUGUAGUUAGGAAAAAAAAAAUGGACUUGACUGACUUUUUAUAGUUUGCACAGCAAACAUUUUACACAAGUUUUAUUUCUAAUGUUUUAUAUGUAGAUAUAGAAGGGUGCACUUUUUGUAUUUCAUAGUAAGCUUAAACAGUCUUUGCAGGUACAGCAACUUCUUUCAAAUGUGUGUGUGGUUUUUUUUUUGUUUGUUUUGGGUUUUGUUUUUGUUUUUUUCUUUAAAGGUUUAACUCUAAUAUAAUGAAUGACAAACAUCCCUUGAGUCCCUUUAUUAUAUCAAUGGAAAGUGCUACCAUUUCUAAAGAAUUAUGCUGUUUUAAUUUUUCUGUGUACUUUAAAGCAGAUCUCAGUGGGCUAAUUUAAAUCUAUAGCCAGUGAAAUUGGAUGAUUAUAUUAGGCCCAUCUAUUUAGAAGAAGCUUUUGCACCUUAAAACUGCCAGCAUGAGGUGAGCAGCAACACACCAAUAGAAAAGAAGGAUGAUUAAGUUUGAUUCUGCGGCAUUUUAAUUUCUCUCAUUCAGUGAGCCUGUUCCAUUGGUUAUUUUUUAAAAAAAGAAAAACCUAUUUUUACUUUGCUGGAAUUACUGGAUAAAAACUAUUUUUGUAAAUUGAUAACUGAUUGGGAUUAUGAUUAUAUUAUUGAACAUAAUUUCUAGAGAACAAUGCAUAUUUAGUAUUUCAAAAUGGAAGUUUCUAAGCUGACCAAAUUUAAUAAACAUGCCAAAAGUUAGUAUUCUAUGGUUCUCAGAAUAUAUCUCAGAUCUCUCCCAGAAUAAUAAUUUACAUUUAGUAAUGAAGUAAGAAACAACCAUCAUUUAAUGAAAAUUGUAAUAUCUUUGAAUACUAGUGUAUAUGUUAUGGCCAGAUGCAUUUCACACUUGAUCUAAACUUAUAUCUAAAGGCAUUUGCUAAAUAUAUAUUUAAGUAAAUUAAGUGAAAAUGAUACCCAGUAAUAGAUCUUAAACAACUCAGUGUCCAUAUUUUUUCUCAUUUAAGUAUUUUUUAUUCAUUGUCUACCACAUUAACCAUGUUGUUGCUUUGGAGUUAAAAAACAAUGCUAUGUAAAAUAUGUGACAUUCUCUUCAGAUAGUUCAGGACACUAUGACAGAUAGCAAAUAAUCUCCUGCAAGUGAAAAACAUUCAUGAACUAGUGAUAGAAAUUAAUUUCAUUGUAAUUAUGGUUUGAUUACAUAUUUUCCAUCUGGUCAUCUGUGCUCUUUGGUGGUUGUUCAUGUGCAAUUGUUUGGUUUUGAUCCUGAAAGUCAAUAUCUCUUCAUUACAUACUGUUUGAAGCAUGACUUCUAAGUACUGUCAACAGUUUUGAAGUCUGAAAAUAAUUUUCUCCUCUUGAUUUUAUAGUAAUGCUAGAUUUGAAAUAAUUUUAGAGCUUUUGACUUCUGAGUUGACUUACAGCUAGUGAAAAGAAAAAACAUGCUUAUUCUUAUCUCUUCCAACAGACCAACUCAUUUCAUAGUGUAGAAGGACAUUCUUUAAAUGAUUUUUUCUAAAGGAAUGCCAAAAUCAGCUUAAUUUGUUUAUGUGAGAUAGUUAUAUGGUUUGACUAUUAUCAGUUCUUGAGAUGCAACUGCAACCAAUUGGUCAUUGAACAAUGAUUGUGUAAUGAAGUGCUUUUUUUAUUGAAGAUUUGUUUUUUCUGGCACCAUUACCCCCUAGUAGAUAUUAAAUUUAUAAUUUGGUCUUCAUUAAAUUACUGCAUACUUUUAGCCUUCUAAAGAGAAUUAUUUAUUUUAAAGAUUAUUUCAAAAACUAUCUUAAAAUUACUUAUUCAAUUUAGCAAGGAAAGAAAUAUACUUUUUUAAAGCAGGGAUUAUCUUCUUGUAAAUUUUAGUAAGAUAAUUAAAAAUUCAUUUUUCAUAUCGACUUGACUUAAACUUUGAAUUGCCCAGGUUAUUUUUUUUUUAACCAGAAACUGCAGAAACUAUUUUUUCCCUUUUAAAAUUAUUUCUAGGGGGGCAGCUAGGUGGCGCAGUGGAUAGAGCACCAGCCCUGGAGUCAGGAGGACCUG